CUGUGAUCACACAGCGCCAAUAAUCACCAUGUCGUCCAAGACAGAGGUCAAACUGUUGACCCUGCUGAACGUUUCAGCGAUCAAGAAGCCUAGAGCUCUGGACAAGCCUGGAGGCUACCGUGGAAGUCCGCUCCGAUCUACCCUGCCGCUGAGCUCGAUCGAGGGUACGAAUGGAGACGUCCAAUCGCCAGCCAGCGUCAAGCGUGCUCGGAAGUCAGUGUCUGCAGCUUCACAGGCAGAUGUCAGUGCGAGUGAGGACGCACAGCCGGUGAAGCGACGGAAGAGUGUCGUAUUUGCUGGAGAGAUUGGUCCGUCCGGAAGCACAUAUGCGAGUCCAAUCAAAUCCUCGGGCAAUGUCAAAGGCAAGGGCAAGGCGAAGGAAGUCACAUCCAUCAGCGGGUCAUCAAUCAGUAGCAAGGCGGCCGAUGGUGUCUCAAAACGUGUUGUUGAUCUAGUAGACGAUGAAGACGACGAAGAGGUCAGCCCGAUGGCGGAUGCGGAGGACAUGUUCAAUGUUCACUUCGGUAGUGAAACUGUUUAUCUUACCGCAGAAUCGAUUGCCAAGGUAAACGAAGAUGACUGGACUUCUGGACCAGUUGCGCUCGCUGGUUUUGGCAAAGCUGUAUCGUAUCUGCCCGGAGCGGGUUCACCCCCUUCACCGGACGUUCAAAAUCGAAUCAUUCCCUCCCUACUCUCCUCUGUUCGAGAAUCGGAUGAUUCUAUGCUCGUCUCGCAGGCGACCUCUCACCUUGGCACGUACAAGGAUAUUUACUUGCACUCUCUGGAUGACGAGGCAGAUGGCUCGGAAAAGAUCUUGUAUGGUCCCCAGAAAGGAGCCAUAAGGCAGGCUAUCAUGGUGCAUGCUUUGAAUCACGUACUAAAGACUCGUCGCCGGAUCAUCAGAAACAAUGAAAAGCUCGCACAUGCCGCGGAAGGACAGGAACCACUCGAACCGCCUCGCGAUCAAUCCUUCACACGACCAAAAGUCUUGCUUCUCCUACCUCUACGUUCGUUGGCUUUGCACUACCUCAAAAACCAUCUGUUUCCUCUCGCACCUGCCGGUACUCAGAUUGAGAAUCAACGCCCUUUCAUCUCUUCCUUUUCUCUAUCUUCCGAUCUCACAGACCCCCUAGCUGCUCCGUCUGCGCUUAGCUCUUAUCCCGCCGAUCACAUUGUCAAUUUCCAAGGCAACAGUGACGAUAAUUUCAGGUUUGGGAUCAAGAUCACUCGUAAAGCGUGGCGAAUAGUCAUGAUGCCUGCGGACGAGAAGAAACUCCUCGAUUGCGAUUUCAUAAUUGCCAGUCCCUUGGGCAUGAAGAUGGCUGCUGAGAGGGAAAAGAGCACGGAUAUGCUCAGCAGUAUAGAAGUGUGCGUGGUGGAUGGGAUGGAUAUCAUGCAGAUGCAGAAUUGGGAUCAUGUGCAGUUUAUUUUCGACAACCUGAAUAAGAUUCCUGAAGACCCGCAUGGGUGUGAUUUCUCUAGACUGAAGCCUUGGUAUCUUGAUCAGCAGGCGAAAUAUCUCCGUCAAACUAUUCUUCUAUCUCGAUACGACAGUCCCGAGGGCAGAGCUCUUUUCCACCGUAAAUGCUCAAACUUGGCUGGCAAAAUUCGCACGGACGAUGUCAAUUGUACUGGUGUCUUGGACAGAGUCAAGUUUGGCGUACGGCAGACGUUCGAGCGGAUAGAUCUGGAAGGCGCGCAAGCGAUGGACGGCGAAGAGGCUGUCUCUGAGAUCGAAUUGAGGUUGGAUUGGUUCACUAAAAAGACCGUCCCGUCUCUUGUCAAGUCAGCAAUGACGAGGCAAAACACAUUGAUCGUGGUUCCUUCAUACUUUGACUUUGUCCGACUUACGAAUUAUUUGCGCAAGAAUGAAACAAUCUCCUUCGCGGCAAUCUCAGAAUACUCGUCCAAUACUGAGAUUAGCCGAGCUCGAACCGAAUUCUUCAAAGGCAAGAAACCAUUUUUGAUCUUGACGGAACGGUUCCACUUUUACCGCCGGUACAAGAUCCGAGGGGCAAAGACACUGGUGUUUUACUCUCUACCGGAUCACGCCCAGUUCUACUCAGAAUUCCUCCAAACCCCAUUCUUGCCUUCUCAGAAGAAACAAAAGGCUUUGAAAGCCAAAGAGAAGCGAAAGCGAAAGCGGAAAAGCGAGGGUGGUGAGGAGUCCGAAGACGAGCAACAAGAUGAGGCCGACGACGACGACGAAGACGACGAAGUGGAUCCUGAUGCAGUUUCAUGUCGGGUCUUGUUCUCUCGAUUCGAUUAUCUCAAAUUGGAGAGGGUUGUCGGGACGGUGAACGCCAGAUUGAUGUUGACAAAGGGGGAGGCAAAGUUCCAGUUCAUUUAGCCGUUGCUGUGCGGUCAGGUGUGUGAUGUAUGCAUGC